CCUGUUCUGCCCGCACGCGAGCAUGCCGCGAUUCUUUCCAUCCGCGCGCGCCAUCCGCCGCGCCAAAUCCGCCGCACGCGAGCACGCCGCGAUAUCAGGUCCGCUGCCGCUGGAAGGUGCCCGCCCCGCAGCGGAGAAUGGAAGGCCCUCACGCCCGCACGCCCGCUGGAAGGUCCUUGAUUGAGCGUACGCGGAUGGAAGGUCACCGUACGCGGAUGGAGGACGCGGAUGGAGGACGCGGAUGGAAGGUCCGUGGCCAAAUCCCGGGAUCCGCAACCUCCUCCUCUAUCAUGGACGCGGAUGGAAUGUCAGAGAUCUCCGCUCAGGUCCGUCAAUGGAAGGCAGACCUCCCUUGAAUGGACUUUCCAUCCGCCCUCAAAAAUUACAGACGCCAGUGGAGCGACGGGUCCCUUUAUUUCCAUCCGCCCUCAAGAAUUCCAGACGCCAGUGAAUCCACGGGUCCCUUUUUUCUCUCGUAGCAUCCUCCUUGGACGCAUCCGUUUUUUCUCUCGGAGCAUCGCCCUCAAGAUUCCACGGGUCGCUAACGUCACAGUGCUGAAGUAAUCCUGAUAACGUACAGAAAGAAGUCCCAAGUGAUCUUGAAGAACUAUACCUUCAGCGGCAAAAUCCAAGUAAUCCUGAUAACGUACAGAAAAAAGUCCCAAGUGAUCUUGAAGAACUAUACCUUCAACGGCAAAAUCCAAGUAGUUUGUUGUUUCAUCUAGCGAGGUGUCUGUAAGAAGGAAGGGAUAAGGCGUUUGGUUGACCCGGACCGGACGGCAGGACACCGUCGGGGGUUCGCUGCAACGCAUCGACGGCUUCCGCAGCUUCUCAGGCCAAGGCUACAAGGUUUUGAUGGAACCGGUCGUAUUGAACCGUGAAAGAGCCGCAGCUGACCGCCUAAAACGGAUGCCUAUCUUCAGAUUGUUCGACGACUACCGUGAUGAAGAUUUUUAUGGGCUUCCGCGGAAAUACAGUAUUGUCGCUCGGGUCGAAGUUAAAUUCCCGAUUGAACCACGUUUUCGUGAUAGACAACAUUUCGUUUUGUCUGACAUCAAUGGAGCCAAGAUCGAGGCCAUAACAUAUAUGUAUGAGACAGUCAAACAUUUCGACAAUUUGCUCCAUGGAAAGCAUGUUUACAAGAUGCAUAAUGUGAAGUUCAGUCUUCAUCCGGGUGAAUUUAAUUUUCAUCAUCUAAAUGGUCCCAUGGAAUUGUGUCUUGACCAACAAACUAUCGUGGAGCCAUACACUGUUCCAAUUCAGAUGGCGCCAUUCCCAAAACAAAUACUAUUGAACCUUGCUGAUAUUGCCGAGUUGCCAAACAGGACUUUAGUCGACAUUAUGGCUGUUGUAGUCCACUUGGAUACAAUACAUCGCACAAUGUGGGGCCCUUUCAGAAAGAUUGUUAUAAUGGAUGCUAGGGGAUAUUUACAUAUCAUUAAAGUUUGGGGUGACCUACUAAACAAAAAUGCACUCCGCUGGGCGUUGGCUAAGGAGGAUUAUGGCAUAAUAAUUGGGACUAUGUUUAGACGGUUCAGAAGACAAGAGUGCCUCGAGUCUUCGGAUCAUACCGCAAUACACUUCAAUCCGUUCCAUCACAACACCCAUCAUUUUCGACCAAUCCAAAAAGCUUUGGUGGCGCUGAACAACCGUCAGUUUGCUGUUACAUUUCUUGAAGAAGAAAGGCGUAGAUAGAUUCUACAAAUUCGCAAAGAGCAAUAAUUGGGACUAUGUUUAGGCGUAGAGAGAUUUGAUAGAAUACGUGUCGUACUGUUAUUGAGCAACCAAACGCAACAAGAGGCAAACUUGUAUGUCUAUGAAUCUUGUUUGUAAUACCUAUGACAUGGGUUUAAUAAGAGAUAUUUUGUGAA